GUUCAUCGCCAUUCUGCUAGACCGAGGCGGACGGUGUUUACAUUUUAUGCGGCAGCCCGAAAUGACCGACAAAUACGAUUCGAACGGUGAUUAUGCCGCGUACGGCGACAAUUUCAAACGCAAGAGCAACGCCGCCGAGAAGAUCGAGAUCGAGGACGUCGACAACGAGGAGGCGAAUCCGCAGAGCCAGAAAUCCGGGGAGUAUGUCAGGGAGCUGCUCGCCGAGAAAAUAUCGAUUGACCAAAAUAAGUUUCCCAAUGCUACUAAACUCAUCGACCAAGAAAUCUCCAAAACUCAACAACUAGGAAAACCCCAACCAAAAGACCAGAAGUAUGUGGACAUCUACAGGGAAAAGCCGAUAAAAGUAACUGUCAAAGUUCUAGUACCAGUGAGGGAACAUCCAAAGUUCAACUUUGUGGGAAAAUUGUUGGGACCAAAGGGCAACUCUAUGAAACGCCUCCAGGAGGAGACCAUGUGCAAAAUGGCCGUGCUAGGCCGCGGCUCCAUGAAGGACCGCCAGAAGGAGGAAGAGCUGCGCAACUCCCUGGACCCCAAGUACGGCCACCUUUCCGACGACCUGCACGUCGAAAUCUCCGCACUGGGUCCGCCAGCCGAGGCCCACGCUAGGGUCGCAUUCGCCCUGGCCGAAGUGCGAAAAUAUCUGAUUCCGGACAACAACGACAACAUCAGGCAGGAGCAGAUGCGUGAGAUGGAGAUCAUCACGUCGUCGGAGCCUCCACCGGCCGUUCCCGAGGAGAGGAUCUCGUCAAGGAGACUCGCCAACUCAGCAUCGAUUCUCAGAUCUCCAGUGGCCAGACCGCCGCUGACCAUGCGCACGGCCACCCGCACGCCAGUGUCGACACCUCGUGUGAUGCCGGCGAAAACGAAGAUCAUGUCAAUCCUGGACAGGGCCCGCAUCGCGAUGGAGGAGAGCUACGGCUACGACGACGAACCGUACGAUCCGGCACCCGCGUCCUACGACCCGGCUCCGCCUUACGGCUCGACGCUCGGCGGCGGCAGCAGCAGCGGCACCAACCAUUCGCGCUCCUACUCGUCCUAUCACCACCACCACGAGCCGGACUACGAGCCCACCGACUACUACAGGGAGAGCGCCUCCUCCUACGAACCGUCCUCGCACCGCUGGAAGUAUAAAACUGCCACGUCGUCGUCGAGCGCUCGCCACAGCGAGAGCUCUCGCUAUCGCACGUCGCCGUACAGUAGGCCGUCGAAAUAAAUCCCGCUCCCAACCUCUACGUCAAACCCCAGUUGGGCGGAGCGAAACCGCGAAGCUGCUACCCCUUCCCCCCUGUCGCCCUGUCGUUAACGCGCAUGCUCGGUGCGAUGUAACGUCCGAUAGCUCCAUCUCGCUAUCGUAAACGGAAAUUCGAAUUGCAAUACUAGAAUAGGGUUAAGUAAAAAAAUGUAUUUGUAUGCCUUUCUUUGCCCGUACACGGGACCAAAGCACACGAGCCCUAGAAACGUCUUAGAUUAAAGUUUGCUCCAAUCUGAGUAACACGUAAGCCUAAGCUUGUUGUGAACAGGUUUAUCAGAUCGAUGUUAUUUAAAUUUACUUGAUAAACCUUAAUCAUUUUACUCCCCCCCUUACGUACCGAGCAGUGUGUACACAGUUUAGUCCCGUAUAUUUAUGUUGUUAAGUUCGUUGUUUUUGUUUUGUUUCACUUUUUCGUUAUAAUUUUUGUUGUCAUUGACUAAUUGGGAUUUUAGGAGACUUGCAUCAGAAAAGGCGUAACAUUGAUGUAUUUCCCGGGGUUCCCGCUAAGAGAAUUGGGCUUGUCAAGCCGAGGAGGCAGAUUUCUAAUGUGGACUACAGUUUGGGCAGAGUCUACAUAAAAUUCCCUAACAAUUAA